AUGGAGGUUAUUACAAGAGCAAUUGAUAAACUGUUCCCUGAAGCCAAAUCUACUCGUUUAAAACAACUCUGUCCAACUAGGUGGGUUGAGCGCCAUGAUUCAAUAUUACUACUUCAAGAAAUGUUACCUGCUGUCCAGGAGGCUCUUGAAGAAGUUUCACAUUGGAAGGAUGUAGAAUCAGCGUCGAUGGCAUCGCAGCUUUUAUGUGCACUUCACAGUUCAUCCUUUAUGAUCAGUUUGCAAGUGAAGGCUAGAGUAUUUUCCUUAAGUUCACCCCUUGCUCGAUUUUUGCAGCAUGAACAUAUCGAUCUUUUAAAUGCUAUGAACAUUGUGACUAAUCUAAAAGGGACGAUAGAAAAAAUCAGAACCAAUGCUGAAGAAGAAUUCGCAACCAUAUUUAACGCAUCAGAGACUAUAGCUGAAUUACUCAGUACCUCAAUAAAAGCCCCAAGAAGAACUGGACGACAAACUCUUAGGUGCAACAUUGAAACCGACAAUCCUCAAUCAUACUUUAAGGUAUCCCUAUUUUUGCCAUUUUUAGAUCACUUUUUAAGUGAAUUAAAUAGUCGCUUUCUGAAACAUCAAGACGUACUGAAAAGUUUUGAGUGUCUUAUACCGACCUCUACCAGUAAUGCUGAAGUCACCAGAACACAGGAAGAAAGUUUUAAAACGCUCCUGAAUUUCUAUCAGGAAGAUAUUCAAAUUGGUGAUAUCGCUGCCAUUGGGGAACUCCAUAUGUGGUACGAGAGGGUGAAAGAUUUGAAAAUAAGCUCAAGAGAGGCAAUCAAUUAUUACACUGCCUGCCAUCAGGAUGUUUUCCCAACUAUCAACACCCUCCUGAAAACUCUUAUCACUCUUCCUGUAUCGACAUCAACCAGUGAAAGGUCCUUCUCAUCUCUUAGAAGAUUGAAAACAUACUUAAGGAACACAACUGGCCAGCAAAGGUUGAACGAGCUUGCUAUGCUCAAUACUCACAGAGAGCUAGAUAUCAAUGCUGCUGAAGUGUUGGACGAGCUGGCAAAAACACCUCGUCGUCUUGAAUUUAGACUUUCUUGA